UCGUGGUCAGAUACGAUAUGGAAGUUACAACUAGUGUUAAACAUAACAAAACAAAAAACGACGCAAGCCUCCCCGCUGAAUCUUUUGAUAGGUACAGAAGCCACAACCCCUGCGAUUCGCGCCCUAGUUCGUGACUUGGCAGUUGAAGGAUCCUCUCCAAAUAGAGAGGCUCUGCGUGAGAUAACCAGGAGCAGAACUAGGAACUUGCUAAAAAGAAACCAGGCACAGCAAGACGAGCGCGUCAAUCGGCAUCGUCAUCAACCACGCCAAUUUAAUCUGAACGACUUAGUAUUUGUCAUAAAAAUAUCUCAGUCAACAGGGAAGCUAGAUUCUGGCAUGCGUGGUCCUUACAAGGUAGUGGAGGUGCUGCCAAGUGGACGCUACGCACUUCGCUUGCUUACUGGUGGCUAUGGCAAGACGACGCAGGCUGCGGCUCAACACAUGGUGCCGUGGCGAGGCGAAUGGUGUCCUGACACGUGUGCUGCACUGUUUGAAAGUGAAGACCUGGAAGGUGAUGAAACAUCAUCAUCUUCGGCAACCGCCGCAGACGCGGAAACUGGGCCUACUACGUCAGGCACAGUUGCUGUCAUGGACACCACUCCAGCACGUGUCGAGGACGACACUCUGUCAGGAGAGGCCGUAUAAGCAGAACAAAUCAGUUGACGCCUUAGUUGAUUGUCAAUGACGUCACUGCCUAUACCUGGCUGCAUAGCUAUAGCGCCGUGCGCGCAGCUGGCACCCGGGCUGUCCGGCAUUGACUUCGUGGCGCUUGCAGCGAGCGGACGUCUCCUGAAUCUCUGUGGUCGAAGGGUCGCGUGAGCCAUACUUUUGUGUUCAGUGCAGUGCAGUGAAUAAAUAAGCAAUCGUGUUAAAGUUAAGGCUAGUAGAUUUUAAGCUUGUUCUGAUAAAUCAUUGUUUGCGUUUAGCUUAUGCUUGCUUAGAUAAUUAAAUUGCUUUAAACUUAAAUAAAACGGUUUCUAG